AUGACAACGUACAGCAGUGUGAACGCGGACCGAACGAGCAGCGCGGCUUCUAGUAGCACGAUUUCGAUUGCAACGGGAGCAAGCAGCACUACGCAGGCCAUCGGCAGCAUGGCGACAUCAACGGCCAGUCCCACGGGGAGCUUUCCGACACCAGCGACGUUGGCAAUGUCGUCGAGCAGCACCACGCGGGCCUGCAGUAGCACGGCGACGUGCACUGCCAGUCCCACGGUGAGCUUCACGUCAGAUGGCAGCAGGCUGACCAGCUGUACGUCCACAGCCAGUUCCACGGGACCAACAGCUCGACAGACGAACAGGAUCACACCCUGGUGCGCCAUUCGUGGGAUGGGAGGCUUGUUAUUUCAAAUAACGGCUUCCACGACGCCUUCAAUUCCGGGUUAUGAGGGCGGCCCCGCCUGUGCUUAG